UGACUGUUGAUUAAAAAGAAAAUGACAAUUUAUUUUCCUGCCUAGAUACCCCACUCGGCUAUAAAAAGACAGUAACCUUUCUGGAGAUUAGCCUUUCUUAUUUUGUGUGUUAGUGCUUGGAGAGAGAGAUAGAAACAGAAAGAAAUCGUCAUGGCUCAUGGGAGAUAUGAUAAUAAUAAUAAGAAGAAGAGCGGACAGAUUCCAAGGUUUGGAGACUGGGAGGACGCAAAUGAGAUGCCAAUAACACAAUACUUCGAGAACGCAAGACAGGCUGGUCUGCUUCGUCACCACCAUAACUUCACUACUUCUUCUUCUUCCACAGCUACUUCAUCAUCUUCUUCUUCUGCAGAAGCCCUCAAGCUUGCUUCUCAACAUCCCCGUCCACGUCACCUCCAUCCUUCGAGACAGACGGCGGGGACGAAGGAAAAGAGGGGACCACAAAGGCGCGUGCGUGACGUCAGUUCACAGACAGACAAGUAUUACGUAGACGUCACCGGAGUGAAACACGACGUGGCACCGGCUUCGAGGCCACCUAAGCCCGUUGAUGAGGAUCUCUACAAGAUUCCUCCUGAGCUUAUCUAUUCUUCAAGAAGGAAGAGAAGGUCUGGCUUUUUAGCAUGUUUGGUUCCAUGCGCAUCUUGAACUAAAAAAAAGGAAGAAUGAAGAAAAGGAGAAGUAAAAGUAGGAUCAUUAAUAAUGUAAUUUGUAUUUCGUUAUUUAAUUUCAUUUAAUAUACAUAUAUGAUGAUAUGUUAUAUAUAUGUGGCUUGCCAGAAAAAGAGAGAGCACACUUAUGGUUUAUAGAAAAAGAGGAACAAAGUAAUAGCGUAGUUGUCCUUUUCUUCUUGAUAAAGGAUUAUCGAUCGGUCUCGUAGUGCUCUUGUUACAUCUCUACUUUUUAAAGUUUUCUCUAUUCGUCA